AUGGCGUCUCAAACAGAGAAAAUUGAAACUGCCCGAUAUGUUGAUAUCGGGUCUUCGUUUCUUUCUUUCUCCAUCUCUAUCGCUACUCCUCCCCCUCUUUCACUCUUCCCCAUUCACUCCCUGUCCUAUUUCACUCUCUUUUACUCCACCUUAAUCCACUCUCUCUCUCCCCAAUUCAGUCUCCAUCCCUCUCCCUAUUUUCAUUUUAUCCCUCCCUGUUUAACUCUAUCCUUCCCUCUCUCCCUAUUUCACUCUAUCCAUUCCUCUCCCUACUUCACUCUCUCGCUCACUCCCUAUUUUCCUCACCUGCUUUCUCCUUCAUUAACGCUUAUUUACUUUGGAAAUUCUAUUAUAUUUGAUUUACCUAGAUCACCCAGUAUUUCAUCGGUGUUGUUUAUUCGUCAGCUCACUGAUGUUAAUAAUUCCGAAUUUAUCUAUGGUGUUGCGUUGCGAGUCAUCUUCGGAAUGUGGUUGUCUUUGUUUUUUUUAUGUCUUUUGCCAUUAAGUAAUAUCAAGUAUUAA